GAUGAAGUUCAAACUUCGAGUUUAGUUGGUCGCGAGGUUCCCAGCAGUAAGCACGCAACUUGGUGGACGUCGAGAGUUGUACCAGCAAAACUGUCGUUGAAAGGGCGAAAGUUGUUUCUUUCGUUACAUAAGAUUAGUGAGAGUGUGCAAAAAAAAAGUUGUAGAAUGCUGACAUCCAAGAGUGCGGUGGCCAUCGUGGUUGCGCUGUUUGUGAUCCACGUCGAGGGCCAGUCCAAGAUCCCGGUGAACGUGUACUACGAAUCGCUAUGCCCGGACAGCGCCAAGUUCAUCAACGAGCAGCUCUAUCCGGCUCUGCAGCAGUUCCGGGGCAAUGUUGACCUCAAGUUGAUCCCGUUCGGCAAGGCGUCCUACAGGACGCAGGGUUCGGAGACGACCUUCGAGUGCCACCACGGGCCGAACGAGUGCUACGGUAACAAGGUGCACGCCUGUGCCAUCCAGCACAUCGAGGGUAGCUCGUACGAGCCGAACAACACGAAGGAGGUACUGACGCUGAACUACGUCAACUGUCUGAUGGAACGGGCCCAGCUCAAGUCGGGCGAGUUCCCCGGAGAGUCGUGCGCUCGCGACACGGACAUCCGCAACUGGGAGAACAUUGCGGCGUGUGCCAACGACACUGAGGGAAGCGACCUGCUGCGCAAGGCCGGCGACGAAACGAACAAGCUGCAGAAGCCGCUGACGAGCGUGCCGACGGUGGCGUUCCGACAGACUUACGACCGCGACACCCAGAACCAGGCCGUGGACAACUUCCGGGCAGCGCUCUGCAAGAACCUCAACCCGGCGCCGGUCGCGUGCCGUAACAUCCCCGGCGGCAGUGCCCCCGGCCUAGCCUCAUUCGGACUGGUCACGCUGGUCUCGGUGAUCCUCACCCGUUUGCUGUGAAGCACUAAAAAAUGUUGUUUUCAAAGUAUUAGCGAUUAUCCGUCCAUCACGUGGUGCAUUUAAGAGUUAAAAAUUGAUCUUUAAGAAACAAAAGUAUUGUGAAUUGUUGUAAACAAAACGUGAACAUUUUAAUGAUCUUUAUAAGAGAAAAUCAAAAGAAACGAAACACUAGUUGUAAAAAUAAACAAAAUUGAAAUAAAGAGCUAACCCUCCUAAAAAGAGACUAACUACAAACGCA